UCAACUGAAACUGUAACCGCAAAGGCCUUGUGGCCCACAGGUGGUACCGGAAAUAACUGCGCUACAAUCACUAUCCUUAUUGCAGCCAUUUACUCCUUGAGUACCUGGGUAAACCGGUUUGCCCAGCUGCGGUGCAGAAUUGAAUAUGCAGGCUACAACGGCCCUUGGUGGCGCUGGCUGACUACAUUCCUGAUAUGCGCAUCCAGCUUUUGUUGACUUGUAGUAGAUCAUCCGCCACCACUCCUUACGUCGGCUCACUUGCUAAGAGAGUAACCUCAUCGCCAUUCAUGAAUUCGUUGUACGUAUUUAUGCUGCCGUGUGGCAACUGCCUUCAUAGAAUGGUGCCCCAGAAUCCUACAGAGCGCAGCUCACAUAUGUACAGUUUACACUUUUACGUACGACAUGGGGGAAGGUAUUUCUGGCACUAUUGUAGAUUAGAUAAGCAGAAUAUCUGCUCCCUUUCGUGAUAGAAAACGGGAAGAAGAUCGAAAAUCUCACAGCUGAAAUUAUGUAGGAAACGUAAGUUGACAAUGGUGGUAAGCAUCUGUUAUUUUUUGCACAGGAGCAAUGAUAUAUGUUAGGAAAACUUACAAUAAACCUUGGUAGUUGUUGUGAAGCUAUAACCACAGAGUCCUUGUGGUCCACACUUGGUACCAUUAAAUACACUUUUACAAUCUCCGUCAUUAUUGCAUCCGGUAACACCUGCGGUACCAAGAUAAAUGGGUUUGCCUGUUUCCGGCCUAGAAGAAAUAGAAAAUAUUCGGUGGCCUAACAAUUGUUCUGCCUAUAUAAUAUAUUAUUAGAUUGAUCAAAAACACUCGAUAGGAUUUUACGAAAAGUGCGGGAUCUUCGAUUUUUUAUCUAUAUCCAUGAUCUAUCGCAUUACAGUUGUAGAACAUUUUGGAACUUCUCGGCAAAAGGUACAUAAGUGCGCGUGCGCCUACCUGCGCCGUGCGUUUAAACACGAUGCCAAUCCCACAGGACUAUCUUCAAGCCAUCAUCUUCUAUGAGUGGCGCCGAGGCACUUUAGCUACGGCAACAGUCCACAAAAUCAGCAGCGCAUUUAGGAAGCAUAGCACUCCCAUCGCUACGAUCCAUCGCUGGUGCGCUCGCUUCGAGGAAGGAGACAAAAGCCUCAGAGCCUCCAGAGCUCAACAACCACAGUCUUGCGACGAGACAUGUGUGUGCCCAAUCAACAGUCGUCAUGGGUGGAGAGACCCGUGCAAAAUUGGGGAAGCUAGGCUGGGACACGGUUCCACACCCUUCCUAUUCAACUGA